AUGACUACACUUAUAGCCCGGCUCCGGCCGUCUCUACGUUCACCAGUAGGGAAUUUGGCUGCGAUCCGGAGCUUCACCAUCUCCUACAGUUUGCGGGAUCCCGCCGCCGCAGAUGUGGCUGCGUCAUUCCUUUCGCGCUUCCAAUCACUAGGGCCCCAGACCCGCACUCAAACACUAGAUGCCAACCAACUUCAGCUUCUGAGCCUCACACUCAAUCGUCCCUCCCUCUUUCCUGGCUCGCCCUUGCUCUCCAAUGCACCAACAGGGCCGCCGGCCGAAACACCCGUCCCACCCGGAUACCACCUAGUAUAUUUUACCCCUGCUUUCCUAGAAGCUGAGCUUGGCGCGGACGGUACAGAUGCAUCAUAUAACCCUGAUACGCCCUUCACUCGCCGCAUGUGGGCAGGAGGUGAGGUGCUUUGGCCGAGGAAUUCAGAGGGGAAGCCCAACCUCUUGCGGGUGGGCCAGGAAGUGCACGAGACAACACAUGUAUUGAGCGCUGAGCACAAGGUCGUCAAGAAGACGGGUGAAGAUAUGAUCGUAGUCGGGGUCGAGAAAGCUUUUUCAAAUGAACAGGGAGUCUCGGUCAUUGAUCGCAGAAACUGGGUAUUCCGCAAGGCCUUACCACCGCCGUCAGCAUCCUCAGCGCCAAGUGAUCAGUUUCUGGUCUCAACUUCUCAUACUGCGGCCCCAAAGCAGACCGCGAUAUCCACUAAAGGCAAUACCCAUUCGCGGACUUUUGUGCAGACCCCUGUCACUCUUUUCCGGUUCUCUGCGUUAACUUUCAAUCCGCACAAAAUUCAUUACUCACUUCCCUGGGCGCGCGAUGUCGAGGGGCAUAAAGAUGUGGUCGUUCAUGGACCAUUGAACCUGAUCACAAUCCUGGACCUCUGGAGGGACACUCAAGGUAGAAAGGUUGCCGAUCCCACUCUGGUGGUCCCUCAGCGCAUCUCAUACCGUGCAACGAGUCCGUUGUAUGCGGGUGACGAGUAUUCGGUGGUGUUGCAAGAGGAGGGUGAUCGGUCUAAGGUGCACAUUGUUGGAUUGAAUGGAGUGGUCGCGAUGAAGGCAGACAUUGAAUAG